CUCCCCGCGGCACCCGCCGCCUUAUCUCGGCGCUUCCAGGGCCGCAGGGGGAGUCGCGGGCGCGCCAGGAGGGACGCGGCGGCAUGGGCCGGGGGCCCUGGGGCGCGGGUCGCCCGCCUGCCUGCUUGGUGCAGCUGCUGCUGCUGCUCUGCAUGGCCCGCGGCACUACUGGAGCGCCGAGCGCCCCCGGUGUUGAUGUCUGUGCCACUUGCCACGAACAUGCUACUUGCCAGCAAAGAGAAGGGAAGAAGAUCUGCAUUUGUAACUAUGGCUUUGUGGGCAAUGGGAUGACUACCUGUGUUGAUAAAAACGAGUGCCAGUUUGGAGCCAUGGUGGUCUGUGGGAAACACACGUCUUGCCACAACACCCUGGGAGGCUUCUACUGCAUUUGUCUGGAAGGAUAUCGAGCCACCAACAACAAUGAGACCUUCAUUCCCAAUGAUGGCACCUUCUGCACAGACAUAAAUGAGUGUGAAGUUUCCGGCGUGUGCCGGCCUGGAGGACAGUGUGUCAACACUCCAGGGAGCUUCAAAUGCUACUGUAAGGAUGGAUACUUGCCGAAGAAUGGACCUGAGCCUUUCCACCCGGCCAGAGAUGCCACGGUAUGCACAGAAAUAGACUGUGGCACCCCUCCUGAUGUCCCACAUGGCUACAUCAUAGGAAAUUAUACCUCUAGGCUGGGCAGCCAGGUCCGUUAUGGUUGCAAAGAAGGAUUUUUCAGUGUUCCGGAACAUACAGUUUCAAACUGCACAGCCCUGGGCACGUGGGAGUCCCCAAAAUUAUAUUGCCAAGAGAUCGACUGUGGCAGCCCUCCGGAAGUGCGGAAUGCCAUCUUGGUGGAGAAUCACAGGUCCAGCCUGGGUGGUGUAGCUCAUUAUGUCUGUCAAGAGGGCUUUGAGAGCCCUGGAGGAAAGAUCACUUCUGUUUGCACAUCGAAAGGCACUUGGAGAGAAAGUACUUUCACCUGUACAGAAAAACCCACAGAGAUUAAUGAAGUGUCAGUGUUUAAUAACACUUGUGUGAGGUGGCAAACAAGCUCAGGAAGAGUAAAUUCCAAGAUCGUGUACGUGAUACACAUAAAAGGGCAACGGCUGGACCCUGUGGGAUCAGUUCAUGAGGAGAUAGUCAACUUGACUACAGACAGCAGGACCCCAGAAACGUGCCUUGACCUGUACCAAGGCACCAACUACACCGUGAGCAUUUCCACAGCCCCUCCCAGGCGCUCUGUGCCUGCCAUCCUUGGUUUCCAGACAGCUGAAGAUGAUCUCUUGGAAGAUGAUGGAAUUUUCAAUAUUUCAAUAUUUAAUGAAACUUGUUUGAAAUUGAACAGGCAUUCUAGGAAAGUUGGAUCAGAAAGAAUGUACCAAUUUAAAGUUCUGGGUCAAAGAUGGUAUCUGGAUAACUUUUAUCAUGCAACAUCUUUUAACCUCACAACGAAGGAACGAGUUCUGGAAGUGUGUUUGGAUUUGUACCCGGCAACCCAGUAUACAGUGAAUAUCACCCUCCUGAGCUCUCCUGAGCAGCACUCAGUACAGAUAAUGAUAACAACUGCACCAACAGAAAAACAGAUCAUCAGUAAUAUUUCAGUAUUUAAUGAAACCUGUUUGAGAUGGAGAAGUUUGAAGACAGAUGAUGCAGAAGAGAUGUAUUUAUUUCACAUUUGGGGCCAGAGAUGGUAUCAGAAGGAAUUUUCUCAGGAAAUGAUCUUUAAUACCACUACCAGCAGCCAAGCUCCUGAGAUGUGCCUGGACCUGUAUCCGGGUACCAACUACAAUGUCAGCCUCUGGGCUUUGUCUUCAGAACUUCCUGUGGUCAUCUCCCUGACAACCCAGAUAGCAGAGCCUCCACUUCCAGAAGUAGAGUUUUUCAUGGUGCAUGGAGGGCCUCUGCCGCGCCUCAGACUGAGGAAAGUCAAAGAUAAAAAUGGACCUAUCAGUACUUAUCAGGUGGUGGUGCUUCCUCUGGCUCUCCAAAACACAUUUUCUUGUGAUUCCGAAGGUGCUACCUUGUUCUUUAACAAUACCUCUGAUGCUAAUGGAUAUGUGGCUGCAGAACUGCUGGCCAGAGAUGUUGCAGAUGAUACCAUGGAUAUUUCUAUUGGAGACAGGCUAUACUAUGGCAAAUAUUAUAAUGCACCCUUGAAAAUAGGGAACGAUUACUGCAUUAUAUUACGAAUCACAAGUGAAUGGAAUAAGAUGAGAAGAUACUCCUGUGCAGUUUGGGCUCAGGUGAAAGAUUCGUCACUCACACUGCAGCAGAUGGUGGGUGUUGGACUGGGCUCCAUAGCUUUUGUGAUCCUUCUUGCAUUCCUCUCCUUCUCAGCAGUGUGAUUGCAGAUGGGUGCUCCAUGGAAUCGAUGCCCUGCUGCUGGGGCAGAUGUUCUAACUGCUUCUCAGGUGUCUGCAUGAAGGCCCUGUGUGGCUUCCACCCAGACGGGUGUGUGGACCUGCACCUUUCUCCAUUCCUGGAUUCACUAUGGUGGCUAUCUCUGUGGAAUCCCCCAAAGGGAGAAAACUCAGGAACUGUUGACGUCUCUCCUGCUUCAGGACCAGUUCUGUGUCUUAUGAACUUGAGACCCCUGAUGUCCAAUGCCAUAUUGAUCACAGGCUACAGCUCAUGAGAGUCUGGUCUGAGUGAUGCCUGUGAGUCAGCUUCUAUAGACACUGGAUGCAAGAGAGUCUCUGUACUCUCCUUUACAGCAUCGCUUAAUUAAUUCAGAACAGAUAUAUGUAUAUAUAUUUUUACAAUAUGUAAUGAAAUAGGGCUUACAUUUGGGCUAGAAUUUGACUUUACAAAGGAGGUCAUUGAGAGGGAUGGAGAAUAUUGACAUGGGCAUAUGUUUCAAGCAUUGAAGAAUCAGUCCUUUUUCCAAUUAAUUGAUAUAUACUAACUACAAAAUAUACAGCCUCUCAAAUCCAGGAAGUUCCCUGCAAUAUCUGACAGUUAGCAUUUCUUUGAUACAAUUCCAGUUUGUCCUGUAUGUGCUCAAAAGUAAUAUCUACAUGCCAGUGAAAAUAUUCUGUAAUUUAGGUUAUUUUCCCCUAGUUAAUUUUUUUUUUAAUUACAGAGCAUUUCAUAAACAUGCCUCCCUUUAGAGUCUGGAUCUGGUGGUAGUGUAGUAAGAACAGGUUGAUGCACUAUCAAGCCCUUGGCCAGCAGAGUCCAGGAAUGGAGGGGACAGCAGGUAAUGUGCCUUAUCUACAGCCUCAGUAGCCAUGACAGUUACUGUGUCGUGGACCACGAAACAUUACAUAUUAGCAGUCCUAGACUUAUUGGGAGGGUGCUGAAUUUACAGAUGGAGCAUAGUAAAUUUGAUUUUUAAAGUUUUAAUCAAUAUUCUUUAGCUUUCUUCAUUGAGUUAUCAGGUAACUCAACUCCAAGGCUCAGUAAGAAAUGAGUGAAGAAGAAAUAGAGGCUUGUGGAUUCUCCCUCCCUUGCUAUUCCUGGAGAAUGAACAGCAUGGAUGACAGUUACAUUGCACAAUCACAGGGUGGACCAUACAGAAUUGUGUCUCUGGAAUUGUGCUCCAUUUUGGUCCUGAGGAAAAGGGACAGUCUUUCUAAUAUAGAGGCUGGGGUGUCCUCUGCAGAAUUGGUGGGUAAAUCUGAGUGGUUUGGUGUUAUGGUUUGGGUAUGGUUGGUCCCCACCAAAAUUCAUGUUGAAAUGUGAUUGCCAUUUGUGGUGGUGUUGGAAGGGAUGAGAUCUUUAAGAGCUGAUUAGAUCGUUAAGAGGGAUUAAUGACUUGCUUUCAGGAUUGAGUUUUCACUCUUGUGAGACUGGAUUAGUUACUAUGAGAGUAGAUUGUUAUAAAGUGAGGCCACACCUCGUAUUUUGUCUCUUCCUGCAUACUCCCACUUACCCUUCCAUGGGUACCACCAUGCUUUAAUGCAGCAGGAGGCCCUCACCUGAAACCAAGCAGAUGCCGGGACCAUGCUCUUGGAUUUGUCAGUCUCCAGAAUCAUGAUCCAACAUAAACCUUUCUAUUCUUUAUAAAUCACCCAGUCUCAGGUAUAUGGUGAUAGUAAGAGAAAACAGACUAAGACACCUGGGCUUGUGAGCAGAUGAGGAGACAAUAGGAAUAGGCAGAAAUUGUCCAUAAAAGCUGCUCCAUAGUAUGGCAGAAGAGGGAAAAGUGUUCCACUCAAUUGUGAAAAGACAGAGAGUUGGAGAUAAUAUUCUGAUACUUGGAUAUUCAAUGUCAGCUGCUAGCCCCUGGCCCCUGGCCCCUGCCAGUAUUAGGCAGUAUUAGGAAAAAUUCAUCUGUGUCCUGUGAGGUACUGCCCCAGACUCCAACGUAAGAUCAAUGUUUAAAACCCUGUCCCCUUCAUCUAAGGUGAAUUAUAGAGUAGAACUCCCAAAUAGCUUUCUACUUUUGAUUUUUAGUGCAACCAUUCAAACUUGCACUAUUUUUGCUGCUUCCAAUCUCAAUUUGUAAUCAUUACAAGUUACUGUGGUUAGUGUAGGGCAGGGCCUUGAUGAGAAAGGGUUUUUCUCAGAGGCCAUCUCUAUCAAAAGACAGAAUCUGAGCCCGUACUCUCUUCCUUGCUUUGUUUAUUACCAGGUCUGUAAAUUUGUCUGGUAGCUUUACAAUAAUACUUUUGUUGUUUUUUUACAUGGGUUCUUAAAGGGGAGAGUGCAGGGUCCUUUGAGCAGGUAGCACCCUGUGGACUGAGGCAUUGAACCUGGCUUGAGAGUCAGCUAGGUCCUGAGGUGUCCACAACUGUCCACAACAGUGGGAAGGGGAACACAUGAGCCCAUGAGUGUGGGGAGCCACCCGUUGCCCCAGGCUGAGCUUGCUCCCCCUGCCUGGAAUGAUGGGGGUACUGGUCUAGCACGCAUGCAAAAGCUGUGCAGGGCAAGUGGCCUCGGAGCCUCCUUCAAGCCCUACGUGAGCGUUACCUAAUGGGGAUGGGCAGCCCCUUGAAACCUGAUUCCCUUGCCUUGUUUGGGUGGAAUUUUCUGGAAUGUCUUUUCCCCAAUAAAUUGAAGGUUUCUGGUGUG